AUGAGCAGACCUGAAGAGAUUGCUCCACCUGAGUACUUUUACAAUGAAGAAGAAGCAAACAAAUACACAACAAAUUCCAGAAUCAUUGAAAUUCAAGCAAAAAUGUCACAGAGAGCCAUUGAGCUUCUGAAUCUUCCUGAGCCAGGAUGUCUGGUCCUUGAUCUAGGAUGUGGCAGUGGGCUGAGUGGGGAAGAAUUGACUGAGUGUGGCCAUUUUUGGAUAGGGCUGGACAUAUCCAAAGCAAUGCUUGAUGUAGCCAGUGAAAGAGGCGUAGAAGGCGACAUAAUUUUAUCAGAUUUAGGAGAUGGAUUUACAUUUUUGCCUGGGACUUUUGAUGGGGCUAUCAGUAUUUCUGCUUUACAAUGGCUUUGCAAUGCUGAAAAAGCUGAUCAUAACCCGUAUAAAAGACUCGCUAAAUUGUUUGAAAGUUUAUAUUCAGCUUUAGGACGAGGAAGGAGAGCAGUUUUUCAAUUCUAUCCAGCCCAUCCACAGCAAAUUGAAAUGAUUACACAAGCUGCAGUAAAAUGUGGAUUUUUAGCUGAUUUAAUUAUAGAUUUCCCAAAUUCCACCAAGGCUAAGAAAUACUAUUUAGUGCUUUAUAGUGGAGCUCACCAAAACUACAAACAAUUCCAACCCCUCGAUGGGGAUGACCAAGUAAAAUUCUCAAAAAGAGAUAAAACUCACAAAAAAUCCAAAAAAAUGCAUAAGCACAGCAGAGAGUGGAUUUUGGAAAAGAAAGCUAAGCAAAGAAAGCAAGGGAAAGAAGUCAGACACGAUUCCAAAUAUACUGGAAGAAAAAGAAAAGAUAAGUUCUAA